GCGGAUGCGGCGCUCAGUUCGCGGCAGAAGUCUCAGAUUUUCCUGCGCGGCUUCAUUUCCUCCCGCCACCGUUAGCAGGAGAGUCUCAUCCCAGCCGCAGUGAAACGCACCAUGGCAGAGCAGGAGCCUACAGAAGAGCAGCUGGCAGCGAUUGCAGCCGCCAACGAAGAGGCCGACAGCGCGGCCAACUACAAACCUCCCGCCCAGAAGAGCUUACAGGAGAUCCAGGAGCUGGACAAAGAUGACGAGAGCCUGCGCAAGUACAAGGAGGCACUGCUGGGUAAAACCGCUGUGGUUGCAGAUCCCAAUACCCCCAACAUCCAGGUGACGCGAAUGACUCUGGUUUGUGAAACGGCACCAAACCCUCUGGUCCUCGAUCUACAGGGAAACUUGGACAACUUCCGGAAGAACCCGUUUGUACUGAAGGAGGGAGUCGAAUACAGAAUAAAGAUCAACUUCAAGGUCAACAAGGAGAUCGUGUCAGGCCUGAAGUACACUCAGCAGUCAUACAGGAAAGCAAUUAAAGUUGACAAGUCAGAUUACAUGGUCGGCAGCUACGGGCCCAGACCAGAUGAGGAAUACGAGUUCCUCACCACCAUGGAAGAGUCGCCCAAGGGGAUGCUGGCCCGCGGCACCUACGACAUCAAGUCCAAGUUCACUGACGAUGACAAACACGACCAUCUCUCCUGGGAUUGGAGCCUCACUAUCAAGAAAGAGUGGAAAGACUGAUUCCCCAUCCUCCAUCACCGUCUUCCUCUGCUUUACCCCCCUUUCUUUCUUUUGCCGUCAUCCUGUUUUCUUCCGCCUGGAUUAUUUGUUGAUUCAAGCUUUUGCUCUCUCCGUCCAUUAACACCUGCCCCACCCCCCCAAAGUUAAAUUUCUCUUUUCUAAAUUCCAAUCACUUCAUCAUUCCUCCCAGUGUAAUUCUUCAUUGGUUUGCAGCCACCCUUUCUGUUAAGUACUAAAUCUUUCGAAAUGGAGAAAGCAAACAAUCCAGAUUUUGCAGUUAUGUUUUCUUUAUAAAAGAAAAAUAAGUUUAAAAAAAAAUAAUUGUUACCCACUCUUGGAAAAAAUAUGAAUUCUCUGAUUUCUUUGCUCAUCCCUGCUUCCUUGUCUUCUCCAUUUUUCUUUCUUAUCUGUUUUUCAGAUUAUUUUCUACUAUUACCGUGAUCUGCCUUUGAAAGCAUAUUACAGGGAGCAGAAAUGCUGUAUGUACGUGGCCACUGUACACUCACUGAGCAAUGUUUGCUGGACUCGACUCUUGGAUGCAGUCCUAAAGCCUUUGAGCAGAUUAUUCGUACCAGGGUCUUGGAAACGUAUUUAGAAUUUAGGCCUCUUUCAAAUGGUUUUACAUUUUGCAAAGUCUCUGCUGGGGGAACGGGGGAGAGUUUACCUGUACCCUUUUGCUUUAGGUCGUCUGUUCCCCACAUGAUCAGGGUAUGUUGGCAGUCAUGUUAGCAGCAGUGUGGCCUUAACAAGAAUCCCCAGGAAGAAAUAGAAAACCUAGUUGAGCCAUUUGCCUUCAGAUUAUCAUGUGAGCAUCAUGUGAGCCUGUUUUUAACGAUACUGUACUGAUAAUAAGAUAUGGGCAGGGAAACUUGUUAAUGCCUUUAUUUCCAGUUUGAUGAUUUGUAAAAGCCAUCACAUUUAGAUAGAUCUCAGCUCAAUUUAUAAACUUUGAUCAUUGACAAACCUUUAUAUCAGUCACAUUAGCUCAUUUAGGUCGUAUUAAAGGCUUUGUACCAGCCGGUCUCCUCUGUAGUAUCUGAGACCAUGUUGUUGGUGUUCCUGCGGCAUUACCUUAGUCCCUCCCGGAUCCAUCGCAGUAACUGUUAAACUGCUCACCUUCUCUAGUUCAAACACCAACGCUCGUUGCGCCUCCAGUCUUUUACGACCACACGCUGCUCCUGCUGACCUGGCGGCACUCGACACGUGCUCAACAUCAGUGAGGUGAAAUGUCGUCUGUAAUCGACUUCUGAACCAAGGUCAGAGACGUCUGUCCACAACCAGACACCCGUGGUUGCAGAUAGGUUUCCUCUCUUUUCAUUAUACACUUCAUGAGUAUGUGAGUGGUGUCUGUUUCCGCAGCCUCAUUCAGCUCAUGGGUCAUGGAUUGAUGCUCUUCUCUGUGGGUUGGGUCUGACUGUGUGGGCGCUGCUUGUAUUACCAUCAGUUGACUGAUCUCCUGUGUUCAAAUUAAAGUGUUCAGACUGGGA